UCUUAUCCAGGCAUGGGUCUGGUAGAUAUCGGGGCCAACCUCGGGGUGUACACUCUGAUGGCUGCAGCUUGCGGUGAGCGUGUUCUGGCUGUGGACAUGCAGGACUCCAACAUCCUUCACCUGCAGCAUUCGUUGCAGCAGAGUAACCUGUCCUCACAGGUAAGUACAGUAAUAAGUUUAUCGACUCUCCACAGAAACAACAGUGCCCGAUCGUACAUUGUAGAAAACUCUAAAGGAACAGAUACAGUCCAGUCUGUGUGUCUGGAUGACCUGAUGCCCCUCGUGUCCUUCCCAAACGUCUUCUUGAAGAUAGAUUUGGCCAACACAGAGCACCAUGUUCUGGUUUGUGGGCAGGAGUUUUUCACAAGGAUCAGUGUCAGGGUUGUGCAGGUCAAAUGGGGCAGGAAACGGCCGGAAAUAGCCAACUGGAUUGGAAACUUCAUGCACCAUUACAACUACACGUCCAGCGUGCUGAUAGACAAUGUCUACCACUUGUGGGAUGUCAGGUUCUCUAACUGGGCUGGCGAUGUGUUCUUUUUCAAAUGA